AUGAGUGACUUGGAGGAGGACUCGGAUAAGAUGGGAUAUUCUUGCAUGAGACUACCAAAUCUUAUAGCACAGCUCAAGUCAAUUUUAGACCAGUAUUCAGAUAAUGGUCAGAUAUUGAAGGAACUGGUGCAGAAUGCUGAAGAUGCAAGAGCGAGAGAAGUGCAUAUCAUCUAUGAUGCUAGAAACUGUAACGCUCAGCUGUCCGUCUCGGCAAAGAAAAAGAACAACCAUCUGAAAGCUCUGAAGGGCCCCGGACUUUGUGUAUACAAUAAUGAGCAGUUUUCUAAAGCAGACUGGCAAGGAAUCCGUUCUAUUCAGAACAGUGUGAAGGAAGAAGAUCGACUGACAGUGGGGCGGUUUGGAUUGGGAUUCAAGUCAGUUUUUCAUUUGUCAGACUGGCCCUGUGUGCUGAGUGGAAAAUAUAUUUUGUUUAUAAACCCACAUCAGUCUGUGAAUAAAGUCUGCUUGAUGAAAAAGUUGGCUAACUUGGAUGCUACAUCACAGCAGGCCUGCUUGGAUGUGUUCAGUGGUAACUUUGGUUUCUCACCUGAGGUCUUUACUGAAGGCAAAUUCCGAGGAACCAUGUUCUGGUUUCCAUUGAGAAGUACCACUUCAUCCCUUAGCGACAACAUUUAUGAUCAGUCCAAAAUAGAAGAUUUAUUCUGCACCUUCCAGGCAGAGGCCAAAAUUACACUUUUGUUUUUGAAAUAUGUCGAAUCAAUCCAUUUGAAAAAGAAAGAUCAUUUGGAGGAAAUACAUUCAGAUUUCUCAGUAAUAAUUGCUCCUAGUUGUCUGAAUGACAUUCGCAAGAGCAGAGAAAUAUUUUUAUCUAAGAUCCAAGAUGUUGGAACCAAUCUGCCAGAAAAAUCUAUCCAGAGUGACCAGCAAAUAUUAAUUGAGACGGAGUCAGAAUCUUCAGGCACCUCAACUGAAGAAUGGAUUGUUACAAACUUCUAUAAGGGUGGACAGGUUUCUGAGGUGUUCUCCAAGUUACUCCAUGAUACUGAUUUGUCUUACUCGCCAUAUGUUGGCAUGGCAACACCUCUUCAUCAUGACGCUAAUUUUCAUGGUCAUGUCUUUUGUUUUCUUCCGUUGCCGUUGGAUGCAAGGAACCAGACUGGACUUCCAGUCCACAUCAAUGGAUUCUUUGCACUAAGCCAGAAUCGGGCUUAUGUGAAAUGGCUGACAACAGACCAAGAGAGAACCCAUAGUCACCUGGACAAAUCAGUUCAGUGGAAUAAAUGUCUAGUGAAAGAGGUUCUUCCUGAAGUCUAUGUAAGACUUGUCCUGCGGCAGAUUGCAUAUUCAAAGUCUAAUGGUAACAGUCCCCAAGAUGUACAACAUGUCUACAGCAGUUUGCCACUCCCAUCAGUUGUCAGAGAAAACUGGAACUUAAUUCUCCAACCUUUUUAUGAACAAUUGUGGCAACUUCCAGUUCUGUACACUAGCAACCAGCAAGGAAAAUGGAUUUGUCUACAGGACUCUGUGCUGGCCGUAUAUAGAGAUGAUGUUCCCUUGAAAGUACAACAGACUGUUACAGAAACAUACAGAAGAUACAACAGAAACAUUGUGGUGCUGCCUUCUGAUCUGUUGGCCACUGUUAAGAAGUAUUCAGCGAUAUCUCCAAUGUACGUUGAAUGUCAGACUCUGUGUACUCUGUUGAGAUCCAACAAUACGUACAAGACAUUCUCACGAGAUGAUCGUCUAAACCUCCUCACAUUCAUUCUGAAGUUUGAUUCAAGCUGUUUACAUGGGCUAGAGCUGCUGCCAGUGACAGAUGGCAGCUUUGUAACUUUACCAGCGAAGGUGGUUUUUUGUCCUGGAAAAGCUCAUUUGUUUCCUAGAUUGGAAAGAAAAGUCAUUGCUGAUAAUAUAGAUCAAGAGGUACUGAGGAAACUUGAACACAUGGCUAAAAAUGAUUUGAAACCAGCUUUGUCUGUUCAGUGGGUUCCUGUCUUGUUGUCAAAACCCACAAACUACCCUGAGAAGCUGCAGCUUUAUAGUGAGUACAUCCAUUGCACUCUAGGCCGACCUAAUGAGAUGACUUGCAUCCAGCACCAUCCACUGGUGGGUUCAACCUGUCUAGUAGCAGCUGAUGAGGUUUCUCACAACAUUGCAAACAUGUUUGGUUGGAAUAAAAGUCCAAUUUUGGACAAAGUGGCAAAUAAUAUUCUAAAUGCUGUUGAAGCCAUGAAUGAAGAUGAGUAUCACAAGGUCAUAACAAUAAUAAAUUCAUCAUUUAAACAUCUUUACAAUAGUCGGCCAUUACCACAAAAUAUUCAAGAAAAACUGAAGGAUGCAAGAUUGGUAUGGAUAGAGUCUGAAAGUGAAUUUCAGAAACCAAAUGUCUUGUGGAUUGAAACAUCAGAACAUGAUGUUGAUCUUCAUCCAUUCAGGUACUGCUUGCCAAAACAUUUGAGAGGUUUAAAGGAGUUGUUUGUUUCACUUGGCAGUGCCUCACAUCAAACACCAGACAUGUUGCUUGAUGUCCUGGGGGAAAUUAAAAGCAAACAUGAUGAGGGUGGGAUUAGUGAAACUGAUAGUAAGAAAGAUCUGGCACUUGUUUUGCAGAUUCUAAAUGAGAUAAAGACAAACACUAAUGUAGACAGAAAGCAGAUUUUGAUUCCAAUUCACACAAUAGAUAAACAGUUGAAAUUAAUGACAGCUGACAAGUGCACAUACUGCAAUGCCCAUUGGCUUAAAGAAAAUCCAGUUGAUCAAGAUACAGGAGAUGAUGCCAUUUGGUAUAUACAUGAAGAUGUGGCAGAAGCUACAGCUAUUGAACUUGGAGUUUGUUCGCUGACCAAUCGUGUCAUGGAAGACACUGAAGUGUUUGGAGUAGAUUGGUCUCAAAAAGAACCUUUGACAACAAGAUUGAAAAACCUACUAAAAGGAUAUAAAGAUGGGUUUUCUGUGCCAAAGGAAAUAAUUCAAAAUGCUGACGAUGCUGGAGCAAAUGAGGUGUUGUUUCUAUAUGAUGAAAGAGAAAAUAACAGUGCUCGAAGUUUUCUUAUUAAGGAAACCAUGGACUCAUUGCAGGGACCUGCUCUUUGGGCCUUCAAUGAUGCUAAGUUUGAGGACAGUGAUUUUAAAAAUAUUACAAAGCUUAGUGGUGCAACAAAAGAAGAAAACCCCAGGAAGAUUGGAAAGUUUGGACUUGGAUUCAAUUCCAUAUACAACCUAACGGAUGUCCCCAGUUUUAUUAGUGGUAACACAGUUGUAAUAUUUGACCCACAUACAUCAUACCUCGGAAAGCCAGGAAUGAAGGCAGAUUUGAGUACCAAGAAAAAUCAAGUGAUGGUAAAAACAAUUAAAGGUCAGUUUCAACCAUUUGAGGGUGUGUUUGGAUGUCAAAUAGGGAUCAAUAGUGAAAAUGGUCAAUGUUGUCCUGGCACCCUUUUUCGCUUUCCACUGAGAACCCAAGAGCAGGCUUCAAAGAGUGAAAUUAGCCAGUUACAUUAUUCUACAGACGAAAUGAAUAAUCUGAUCAAUGUAUUCUUCUCAGGGGCUGGAAACCUCUUGCUAUUUUUGCAAAGUGUAAAAAAGGUGAAGUUAUAUCACUUGCCAAAAGAUGCAGUGAAUGCAUCAAACCCACAUUUAAUAAUGGAAGUUAGCCGAACUGACAUUGAACACUCAGUUCAUUUGAAUGAAUCUGUUCUAUCUUACAUGACAAACAAGUGGCAUGAGGAAUGUAAUGCUGAAUCUUCACAAAGUGUUUCCAUUGCAGAACAGAUAAACAUUAAAAUCUCAGUUUCUCAGACUGCAGAAGAACUGUUCAACCUAGAAUCUACAUCUUCGGAAACAAGCUGGAUUAUUGCCUGGGUUAGUGGCCAGGAAGAAUCUGCUAUAUUUGCAAAGUCUAAGAAGUUAAAAGGGUUGCUUCCCCUUGCUGCAGUUUCAGUCUUGUACAAGAAAGAAGAGGAUUGUAUUAGACUUCUGCCAUUGAAGGAAUGCCCUUCUGGAUUUUAUACAAAUGGUCACUUGUUCUGCUUUCUUCCAUUGCCUAUUACAUUUCCAUUACAGAUGCAUGUGAAUGGUACAUUUGCACUGACUAAUGACAGAAGACAGCUUUGUGUGAAGACAGAAGAUGAUAAAUUAUGCCUGGAGGCUGAAUGGAAUGAGGCACUAUGGUCAGAUGCUGUCUGUUUGGCUAUUGUAAAAUUGAUUGACGAGUUCAGAAAAAUGGGUAUGCAAGACAGUGAAGCAGCAUACAGUCUUUGGCCAAAGAGUAUGGUUAAAAACAUCUCUCUUCAAAAAGCAUUUUAUAAAUUGGCUCUUACUACAGAGAAGCAGAUAUUUACUUACAGUGGAACAGUGGACAUCAUUUCAGAAUGCAGUUUUUUUGGAUCCUUCAUUAAAAGAGACAUUGUUAUCGACUUGCCAGAAGAAAUCAUUGAUGGCUUCAUAUCUAUGGGAUUUUAUGAUGAGUUUAAACAGAAAGUGUUAUCUACCUCAGCAUUCUUUGAAACUAUCAUUUUUGAAAACAUUAAUGAUGCUUACUGGGACCAGAAUAACAGAAAUCAGUUUAUCAUGUAUGCUUUGCUGCAAACCAAUGACCAGAUUAAGAAGUUGAUUCAAGGAAUUCCAUGUAUUCCAACUAGACCAGUGGGAACACUAAAGCGACCACAGGAUCUUGUCCAUCCAGGGGGCAAGGCCUCUUGGCUGUUUAGCGAUGCUGAUGAACGUUUUCCUGAAGAAAGUGCAGGUGAUUUUAGCACAUACGAAGCCUUGAGAGCACUCGAAUGUCUUGGAAUGGUGAAGGACAACCUGAACUGGGCUGACAUUUUGGAAAGAAUUCAAUCUAUAAAGGUUCUGAAUGUUACUAAUAGCAAACAGGCAAAUGAGAGGUGUCUUAAUGUGCUGAACUAUUUCUGUCAUUUAACUGAAAAUAAUGAUAGUAAAGACAAACUAAAAAACAAAAAGAGGUAUGAAACAUGUCCAGAAGAUAUUAAAGAACAGAUAAUCAAUGAGAACUUUAUUCCAGUGUUGAAGAAACCAUCUGGAUGGUUAUUUCCUUGGAAAGGAGAUCAGCAUCAGUCUGUGCUGGCAAAACCACUUGACUUAUUCUAUAAAAAGACAGUUAGACUUGUUGGAAGUAUGGAGUUAAUUUUGGAUCAAAAUUUAUUGGAGAUGUUUUCGAACAGAGAUAUGUUGACAUGGCUCGGAAUUAAAGGAAAGAAGCAAAUUUCAGCUAGUACUGUCAUUCAUCAACUUCUUCAACUGUGUUCCAGCACACUGGACUAUGAAAAAGUGAAACAAUGGACAGUACAGAGAGCGUUUCAGGACAUCUAUUGUUUCUUAAAUGAUGCAUGCUUGGAUACUCCCAAAGACCAAAAUAAUCCCCUUCAAGGUGAGAGUAAAAGCUCAGAAAUAGCAAGGGAACUUGAGGAUAAAAAUGUCUUGUGGCAUGAUGGGAGAUUUCUUUCACCAAAACAACUAGUCAUGGAAUUGGACUAUAAUCUUGACCCAUAUCUUUAUCAAGUUGAUGGAAUGUUAAAGAAUCAUACAGCAUUUUUGAAGAUUUUAGGUGUAAAGCAUUGUGCAUCCAAACAUGACCUGCAGAACAUCUUUGAAAUGAUUGCUAAAAAAUACAAAAAUAGUUUUGUUAUAGGCAGAGAUUUAACAUGCAUUAUAAAUGCAGCCACACUGAUGGCAGACCUGAUAAAUCAGAGUUCAUCUGAGGAAACUGCAGAAGAUGCAGCACUCCUUAAAUUGCCUGAUACAGAAGGAUGUCUUCACCCAAUUAGUGAGCUGUGUAUGGAUGACUAUGAAAUGACAGAAGAUAGCUCUUUGAAAAUUUUACAUCCAAAAAUUUCUCUGUCAAUAGCUAAAAUGCUUGGCAUAAAUACAAAAAGAGCACAACAUUUACAACACUUCAUGCAAGAGUUCACUCCAUUUGGUCAGCAUGAAGAUCUACCUAGGAGAAUAAGAAAUAUCCUUUCAGUCUAUCCUUUGGACUCUGCUUUUAUGAAAGAACUUCUACAAAAUGCUGAUGAUGCAAAAGCAACUGAAAUCAUGUUUAUAAAAGACUUCAGAACACACCCAUCUGAGAGAGUAUUUGGAGAUACAUGGUCUGAGUUACAGGGACCAGCUUUGUGUGUGUACAAUGACAGUUAUUUCACAGAGAGAGAUUUUACUGGUAUUCAAAAACUAGGACUUGGAAGCAAAUCAGAAGACCCACUGAAAAUUGGACAGUAUGGUGUAGGUUUUAACUGUGUGUAUCACUUGACAGAUGUCCCAUGCUUACUCACUGUUGGUCCUGGCACAAAAGAAACACUAUGCAUCUUAGAUCCAACCUUAAAUUUUAUUGAAGGUGCAAAUAAAUUCACGCCUGGAGCCAGAUUAGAAGUUAAACAGAAUUUGAGACAUGAAUAUCAAGAUGUGUUUUCAAGUUUUCCUACAUCUCAAGUACAGAUGAUAGACCAAGGUACACUGUUUCGUUUGCCACUUCGCACAGAUAGAACUUCAAUAGCUGAUGCUGUCAACCCAGAAAAGGUUGUCCAGUUGUUGGAUGGAUUCAAGGAAGAUAUGUUUGAAUCGCUACUCUUCUUGCAUAAUGUGAAGAAGAUUUCCAUUGCAUCAGUUGCAGAAGAUGGCACUAUGGAAGUUGAAUAUAUGGUACAAACUGAGAUUAGCAAAAAAUAUAAAAGAAAGCAAGAAGGAUUUGUGGAACAUCUGGAAACUCAAGCAGAAAAUGUUGAUGAUUUUAGUAUGGAUAUCGGUAUGACAGAUUUGUCUCCAUUUGAAAUACAGCUGGAACUAAAUAUCAAGGACAAUGAGAAUAGACAUGAAAAACUGGCUUGUUCUGUACCUGAACUUCUUUCAGAAGCAUGGGCAAAUGGUGACAUCCGUUAUCUUCCUCAAGGAGGUAUAGCUGUGAAUCUAGAACUAGACUCAGUCCCAGACACUACUACAAAACAUGCCUUUUGCAUGCUUCCAUUACCUAUUGAAACGGGACUUCCUGUACAUGUUAAUGGACAUUUUGCUUUGGAUCAUGAGACCAGACGAAAUCUGUGGAUUAGAAAACAGGACUAUAAAACAGCUUGGAAUAAUCAGAUUGCAACAGCUUUGCUUGUGCCUGCUUAUCUCUCAGCAUUACAGGCUAUGAAGGCCAAACAUUAUGCUUAUUGUGGAGGAAAGAAGGAAUUGUGUUGCGACUGGUAUUUCUGUUAUCUUGAUGACUUUUUUGUCGCUCACAAUAAAAGUGCUCCACAAAGUCGUAAAACAGGGGUGAACUUUGCAGAGAAUCUUCACCUGAAUAAGAACCAGAAGAGGAAGAUUAGUGAAAAAGAGAAGUUAAUCUGUAUCUUGAAAGAAAUUGGUAUACGAUUAAUUGAAGCUCCAAAGAGAAUAUUUGAAAAUUUACAACAUGCUGGUUUGCAAGAUCAAGUUUUAUUAGCUACACCAGAAAAUGUUGUGACAUUCUUAAAAUCAUACAAGCAAACAAAUCUCCCUGGUAAAUGUUCCAUUGGCACUCUACCAGAUCACGUUGAGAACACCCCACUCAAAGAACUGCAGUUGGUAAAAUGCUUGAUUGAAUUCUGCCAAAAAGGAGACAAUUUCUGGGAUGAAUUGGAAGGAUUGCCACUGUUGUUGACACAUUCUGGACAGUUGAAUGCUUUUACAAAGCAGAAUCCAAUUCUUGUCACUGACUAUACUGACUUACUACAUGGUUCUUCUAAUAAAUUGAUGGAACAGUCUCUCAUCAAUUUAUUCAAAGAAACAUCAACUGAGAUUCCUCAGUUAAGAUACUUGGAUAUCAAAAUAUUUGCAGAGUUGUUGCCCGAGACACUGGACCCCUCAGUUUUUCACUUGGGUCGGUCGGUCACAUGGAUGAAUGAACCAAGUGAGUCAUGGAUUAGGAGAUUGUGGGAUUUUCUCUCAAAAUCAGUCAUUGCUAAAGGCACAGAACACAAAAAGGUAGACAGUGCAAUAUCAGAAGAGGCUGAAAUGUUGACAUCAGAAGAGGUUGAUGGUGAAUUACCUGAACAAAGUAGAUGCGAGAUGACAAACAAAAGACUUGUCACAGAAUUACUGCAGGACUGGAGUCUGUUACCUGUUACAUGGAGUUGUGACUCUACUGAAAGUACUGCAGGGUCAAAUUUAGUCACAAAGAAAUACCUGUUUCCCAUCAAGGAUGCAAUGAAGGUACUGCAUUGUGUUACUGUAACCACUCCCACACUUAACACAGCACUGGACAGUAUUGUAGUACCUAAACUGGACUGUUCAGUGUUUGGUCAGUCAGAUGGAGCUUCUCAUCUUGCUAUAUCACUGGUAGCAAGCCCAUUAAAUCCAAAAGAAUUGCUUGAUCUCUUGGUUUUAUAUCAGUACAAAGAGGAAUUUUGUAGAAGAUUUGGACCAACAUUUUUAAAGUACUUUUCAGACAGUGUGAAAACAUUUGAAGCAGGGUUUAAAGCUGAUCACUGUCGGUUAAGGAUAAGAAAACUCAGGUUUUUUGAAACACUAAAUCAUUCUUGCACAUCACUCGCAAAAUGCCAAGAAGUUGUACUGAUUGAAAAAAAAAGCUCUGUUCCAGAAAAUGGGACUGAUGCUUGGAGUUCUGAAUCAAAUGUCACACUUUUGAAAGAAAAAGAUGGGAUGUCAAAGCUGUAUUCCUUUCUGGUUAUGAAAUUGGUAGGUUCAUUUGAACUUUAUAGUUCAUAUUUUCUUCCAUAUUUUGAUUUAUUUCCCAGAGAAGCAAAACUUGAACAUUUAAAGUACCUCAAAUUUCCUCUUUUAGCAAAACGUUUGAAGUUUGAUGAUGAUCAAAAGGUAUUAAUUGAAAAACUGAAAAAUGUCAAGUUUAUUGAGACAGAAGAUGGUACACUCCACAGAGCAAACCGAUUUUAUAGCAAAAAAGAAGUAGUAUUCCGAGUUAUGUGUGACAAAUCAGACUUCCCACCACAUCAGUUUGAUGGUGAGGAAUGGCAUGAUUUCCUGGUUCUUGCUGGUAUGAUAAAUGAGGUAUCAGAAGACAAGUUUGUUGAAUAUGCAAACAAGGUGGAACAGAAAGGUUGGGCAGGCAUAACCCCAGAUGUUGCUAAAAUGUCAGAUGUGCUCAUUCGUCAUAUUUUAACUGUACCACGGGAAAGAAAAAUGGCUCUCUAUUCUAGAAUUAAAACUAUCAGGUUUAUUCUUCCCCUGGAUAUUUCUAAACACCAUGAUGGAAAGAAUAUGUUGAGCAUUGUUCCUCAGUUUCAUUGUGGGAAUAAGUUGAUAGCAUUUGAAGGUUCAGCAUGUCACUAUUCAGUUUAUCAGAUUUGGUCAACUUACCCCAUACUUUGUGAAUCUGCAAGUAAUGCACUAGAAUUUUUCUAUAUGAGUAUUUAUAAAAUGCGUGUGCAUCAUACACCACCAAAAGAAAGGGUCAUAAAACAUAUGCAAAAUAUUUGCUCUUACAUGCAGGAAAGAGAUGGUUCAUGUUUACAAGACGAGAUGAGGAGGUUUGUUAAAAAAAUUAUGUGCCUUCUGUAUGAAUACCUUCACAAAACUAAAUUAAGUGACUUUGAUGUUGAAGAACUAAGCACAUAUGCAACUGUGUAUCUUCCUGAUGAAGGUCUGUCUGUGAAAGCACAGGAUGUUGUUACUGAACCAGAACGAAGUGAAGUGAUUGAUUUGUACUUGUACAAAGCUCCAUCAGUCUAUGGUAAGUUCUUUCAUUUGUUUCACAGACUCGGAGCAUCGCAAUUAGUAACUGCUAAUCACUAUGCAUUAAUACUGGAGAAAAUACAUGAAGAUACAAAAGGUAGAAAGCUGAAGACCAUACAACGAAACAUUUUGAAAAAGUUGGUGAAACCUUUAUUCCGUUGUCUGCAGACUGAUGAAAAGAAAGAUUUACAUGUGAAACACCUAUACUUGCCCAACACAGAUUAUGCUUUGACAGACUCAUCAGCUCUGGUGAUGUCAGAUAAUAAAUACUUUAUGGAAAGGGUAAGUUCUCUGAAGCUUCUCUUUAUGUUGGAUUCAAAAGAUAUGGGCAUUGAAACCUUUGACCCAGUAAAAGCUAUUAAAUCGCUUCCACAAAAAUACCAACCUAAACUGUUGACUGAGAUGGUUGUAGAAAAGAUUUCUUUGAAAAGAAAUGAAGUACUUUCAGAAAAGUUCACGAGCAUUUUCAAGUGUGACUUUUUCAUUAGUGGUUUAAUUCGUUUGAUCAGUCAUGCAAAAAAGCAAAAAGAUGCAAACUUCACAGAAAGUGCUGCAAAAGAAAUUGAAGAAAAGCUUUUCACUCUAGAAAUAUUUGAAGUAGAAGAACUCAAAACAGCCAUGUUUAUUCAAAACAGUAUGAUAACUGCUAGUGAAGUGUCUGUACCAUGUUUUACAGAGACUAGAAAUUAUGUGCAAGGAAAAUGUAUGUAUAUUACCACCGACGCAGCUGACAAUGUUGAUGGGAAUGUUGAUGAACUAGCAUUUGCUGUGAACUUGAUUACUGGUGAUCAAUUAGGCACUUUAGUACUGUACUUGAAAAAAAUUAUGCUAUGUAAACCAGAAGACAUUCCUUGUUUCUUGGACAGACAUGGAAUCAAGGUCUAUACCUACAAUGUCUGA